CUCGUUGCCUUGCUCACUAACCAGGUUACGAGGAAGCUGUGCACAAAGCGUGUCCCUGUUGUUGCAGGAGGCUACUGUAAAAACCUUUAUGUAGAAAAUGGAGACGAGGCUCCUCAAACGAGAUGUUGAAGCGCUCAUUGAUGACUACAUUGGGCAGAAGCUCAGAGAGAAGUCCUUUGAUCCAAAGGGGAAGGCGACGUCCACGGUGCUGGAUGACCUGGCUCACUAUGAUCUUGCCAUCAGUGUUGCCCUUUGGUGGCUGGAUGAGGACGAUGGAACAGAAGUGCCUGAUGAUGUCGGAGCAGCACACAGCGUGGGAUCCUCCCAGUAUCCUGAUCGCUCAGAACGCGAGGCAAUGAUCCUGUCGUCGUUUGCUGGGAUGAUUAUGAACAGUUUGCCAGUGAAGGAAAUCUUGUCUGUGUACAGACAUAAACCAGCUGCUUCAUACACUGAUCAUCAGUCCAAGGGUGUAAUCGUCUGCCCCUUCACUCUGUCCUACCACCCGUAUGCCAUGCUCGCCUCAUACAAGGCUGUGCAUCACUCCAAGAAGCACAAUCUGAAGUUGAAGAGAUGGAAAUCUGAGCAGGAAAAGACGAGCGCUCCACCAGUCCCGUCCUCUGUGCAGUCUUCAUCGCCUUCGUCCUCCUCGUCCCACUCCUUCCUCAACGACAGCAGCGAUGGUCCUGAGGAGGCGGCCGAGCACUACGAGGGCUCACAGGAGACUCUGCAGGACUGAAGUCGGCCUCCUGCGCUUUGUGUCAUAAUGUUUGUUUUGAAAAUGAGCUUUUCAGUUUUCUGUAAAUGUUACCAAGCGAGAUUAAAAAUUAAAUAUUAGCUUCAA